ACUUGUAUCCCACGGUGCAUUGCGCGGGUGAAACAUGGCGGCCUCCAUGAGUGUGCAGAUUUUGUGUCCAAACGGGAGACGUCAAACCGUGAAAAUAUCGUCCAACACCAAACUUUUACAGGUACUGGAGGAGGUAUGCCAGAAACAAGGUUUCUCUGCUCAAGAAUAUGAUCUGAAGCACCAGAGGACUAUCCUUGAUUUGUCCGUACCAGUCCGCUAUGCCAACUUGACCAACAAUGCCAAACUGGAGAUGGUCAAGUCCACCAAGGCACGGGCAGAGGCGGAUGUCAAUAUCUGUCUUCAGUUGGAGUCAGGAGAAAGACUGAAGCACCCCUUCCCCCCAGCCACCAACCUGUGGGAUGUGGUAAGGCACUUUGAAACCCAGCCUGGCAGUCCCCAUGCUGGUAAGCUGACAUCAGCUAGUGCCGCUGAUAUACACCCGGUCUGUGUCUACAUGCGAGAAGAGAUCAUAGGUGAAAGUGCCUUGCAGUCAACAAGCCUGAGGAACCUGGGGCUGACUAGUGGUAGUGCCAUCUUGAGGUUGGUGCACAGAAAGGUGGAUGACCCCUCCCUGCUCCACACCAGCAGUGCUCCAGUAGCCAAACCCAUGAGAGUUACGGGCAGCAAGUCUGAACCCUCCAGGCAGUCUGCAACAAGUACAUCUACACACAACGUUCCGAUGACAUCUAAGUCCAGUGAUGCCCAGCCCAUGGAGGUAGAGGAGACCAGACCUGUACAGAGUGUAGAGUCCAUGGACACCAGCCAUGGUCCCACUGAGCAGGAGAUAGAGGCCAUGAGCCAGGAGGAGAUCCUACAGAGGCUCAGUCCACAGGAGAGACAGGUUGUGGACACAAUGAGUAGCAUGAUUCAACAGGCAUAUGUACAACGGCCUCAGCCACACACACAGGCACCUGUAGCACCGCAACAGGCAUCCCAGGGUCCUUCCAAGCCCAAGAAGGCCAGGUCUACCACUCGCCCUCAACAGCCUGCAACCAAACAACCUUCCUUUGCUGACUUCAAGUUUCCAGAGGCAUCGAGAGGCCAGGAGGUGUAUGUAAAUGAGCUGAGUGAAGUAGACAGGAGGAAUGUUGAACCUUGUGAGAGAGAACCUGUAGUGUUCAGUCUGGACAUGAUGGAAGGGGCACAACAAUCAGAGGACCCCACAGAUGACUUCUUUGAAGUGACAGUAAACGAUGUGAGGCACAUGAUGGCAGACUUGUCAAGAGCAAGACGAGAGAUGGAGGAUGAGACGAUGAUGACUGGAGCGAUGCGGGCCCAGCGAGAGGUGGAGAUGAUACAGAAGUACCCCAAGACUGUCAUCAGGGUACAGUUCCCUGACAGGACGGUACUGCAGGGAUUCUUCAGGCCCAUGGAAACAGUGCCUGCUCUGACCGAGUUUGUGAAGUCCAACUUGGCCGACCCCACAUCCCCUUUCUACCUAUACACCACACCACCAAGAUAUGUCCUGGACAAACCUUCCAUGACCUUAUAUCAGGCUAAGCUGUUCCCAGCAGUGGUGGUGCAUUUUGGUUCAGAGGUUCAUAGGGAAAGAUACCUGAAACCAGAGAUGCUAAGUACAGCGUCAGCACCACUGGAUGCUGACAGAGUUGCUACAAGGGACAAAGUGCAGACAUCCUCAGAUGGAGCUAGGGGCGUGUCUGAAUCAGCCGCUGCCCCGCCCAGACCCAGGCAACAGGUGUUCCCUGCACCUGAGGGCGGGGCUCGGGCGGGGCAGGCCAGGGGGCAACAAGAUGGAAAGAAGGUUCCUAAAUGGUUCAAAAUGGGAAAAUAGAAGAAACGAGGAACAACAUCCAAUGUUUAUUUCCAUCUGCAAUUUAUUCAUCAUUGUAUUUACACACAAAGGAACUCUUUCAUACAAUAGUUAAAAAGUUAACAUACAUGUAAGUAAUGUCAUUGAAUAUUCCCUAAACUGCAGCUACAUGUAGAUAUGGUCAAUUGUAGAUUUAUGAAUUUGUGCAUUGCUUAAAGCAUUUUCAGAAUUUGAUGUUAAGUAUCUUAUUUCUGUAACACAUGACUCUUUAAAAGAGCUACGCAGUUCCUCCAAAAAAGUUUAUUAUUCAGAAUCUAUAGCAUUUGUCAAGGUCUAUAUGUGCUGUAAGGACAAGGCAAUAAGAUAUACCCUGCUGUAAAUGGUGACAGAAAGUUUACAUUGGGAAAUAAAAUAUACAAAAACC